AAAUCAGCUCGUCACAUUCCUCUUUCCCAUUCGAGCUUCUUUUAAAGACUUGUCUUGAACUGGGUUUCUUUCCCACAGUUCCCCUAUAUCAACUGGUUGGGCAUCUCAUUCCGCAUUUCCCAUUCAGAAUCUGCAGAAUGGAGAGCGCAAGAAUGAACCAAGUUUUGAAAUUGAAUCUUCUAGUAUUUCUAUUGAUAUUGCUGAAAGCAGAAGGCUUCUUUGUGCCAAUUACUUAUGUUGAGAAUGCAGUAGCGAAAGGAGCUGUUUGUCUGGAUGGGAGUCCGCCGGCUUACCACUUUAGUAAGGGUUUCGGAUCAGGGAUAAACAACUGGCUCAUACACUUUGAGGGAGGUGGAUGGUGCAAUAAUGUCACAACGUGCCUUGCCCGAAAGAGCACUCGCUUAGGUUCAUCUAAGAAAAUGGUCAAGCAGGUUGCCUUCUCUGGAAUUCUAAGCAACAAGGAAAAAUUUAAUCCAGAUUUCUACAAUUGGAAUAAAAUCAAGGUUAGGUAUUGUGAUGGGGCAUCAUUCACUGGUGAUGUGGAAGCAGUGGAUUCGGACACAAAUCUACACUUCAGAGGAGCAAGAGUUUUCGUUGCUGUCAUUGAGGAUUUACUGGCAAAAGGAAUGAAAAAUGCUGAAAAUGCUAUGCUCUCUGGCUGUUCAGCUGGAGCAUUGACCUCUAUAUUGCAUUGUGAUCGCUUUCGAGCUUUGAUACCUGCGGGUGCUAAAGUGAAAUGUCUUUCAGAUGCUGGUUACUUCAUUAAUACAAAGGAUGUCUCAGGAGCGCAACACAUUGAACAGUUUUACAGUCAAGUUGUCGAAACCCAUGGUUCAGCAAAAAAUUUACCUCGAUCCUGCACUUCAAGACUCAGCCCAGGACUUUGCUUCUUCCCACAAUAUGUGGUAUCACAAAUCACGACCCCAAUUUUCUUUGUAAAUGCAGCCUAUGACUCAUGGCAGAUAAAAAACAUUUUGGCACCGGGUGUUGCUGAUCCCCACGGCCGCUGGCAUAGCUGCAAGCUUGAUAUAAACAACUGCUCACCCGAUCAACUUGGGAUGAUGCAAGGUUUCAGGCAGGAUUUUCUGAAGGCAUUGACCGUGCUGGGCAACACUUCGUUGAAAGGAAUGUUUAUAGACUCUUGCUAUGCCCACUGCCAAACAGAAAUGCAGGAGACAUGGUUAAGAAGUGACUCUCCAGUGCUACACAACAAAACAAUUGCAAAAGCUGUAGGAGACUGGUACUUUGAUCGAAGUCCCUUCCAUCAGAUUGAUUGCCCCUACCCUUGCAACCCCACUUGUCACAACCGUGUUUUCGAGCCAGACCACCCUACAAAAAAUGCAACAAAUGCGCCAAAUUCAACAAAUGGAACUUCUUCUAAUACAUCAUCAGCGAGGAGGGUCAGCUUUCCAAAUUUAUCAAAGGAGGCACAAUGGACUGGGCAUUUGUGCAUAAAACAUGGGAUAAGUGGGCUUCUACUAGCAUUGGUUCUUCUGGUCAACCUUUAAAAGCUGCUUUGCUGAUAAAUUAUGACCCAUAUGGACCAUCGCGCCUAUUGUCUACCAUUGCUGAACAAGAAGGAAUCAAAGCCAAUCCCAUCGAAUUGAAUCACUUUGUUGACUACGUUAAACGUAACAAACUCCAGACAGAAAGCUUCAUUAUUGGUCCCAAUCAAUGUAUGAAGGUUCCAUUGGU